AUGGGUGGUGCCGGGGUUUACCGUGAAGCUCUGGAGAACGGUCUAUGUUCACAAAUUUAUGUUACAAGAUUAAACAAGGAAUAUGAAGGUGAUACAUUUUUCCCAAAGAUUCCUGAUAUUUAUGAGAUCACUGGUAUAAGUCCUACCUUUUCUACCGAUUUUGUGACGUACGACUUUGUACUAUACGAGAAAAAAGGCGCGCCAUCCCCUAAACGUGGCCCUACUAUGGAGGAGCUGCUACUAACGGGUGGAGAUUUGGUCGUACCCACUCCCAAAUAUGUAGCAUGUCCUAAUGUGAGAAUCCGUAACCAUGAAGAAUUCCAAUACCUGGAUAUACUUGCUGAUGUCCUGAGCAACGGGACUUUGAAACCCAACCGUACAGGUGUUGAUGCCUACUCUAAGUUUGGGUACCAGAUGCGUUUUGACCUUUCACGUUCGUUCCCGCUGCUGACGACUAAGAAAGUGGCGCUUCGUAGUAUUAUAGAGGAGCUUCUGUGGUUCAUUAAGGGUAGCACUAAUGGUAACGAGUUAUUGGCUAAGAACGUGCGUAUUUGGGAGCUUAACGGUAACCGUGAGUUCCUUGACAAGAAUGGGUUCACUGAUCGUGAGGAGCAUGAUUUAGGUCCUAUAUAUGGUUUCCAAUGGCGUCAUUUUGGUGCUAAAUAUGAAAAUAUGCAUGCCGAUUACGCUGGACAGGGUAUCGACCAAUUGGCCACAGUUAUUAAUCGUAUCAAGACUAAUCCGAACGAUCGUCGUAUGAUAGUGUGUUCUUGGAAUGUAUCAGAUCUUAAGAAUAUGGCAUUACCACCAUGUCAUUGUUUAUUCCAGUUUUACGUCCGUGAUGGUAAACUGUCUUGCAUGAUGCACCAGCGUUCUUGUGAUUUAGGUUUGGGUGUGCCGUUUAAUAUCGCUUCUUAUUCGAUAUUAACGGCUAUGAUUGCACAAGUUUGUGGCUUAAAGCUGGGUGAGUUUGUUCACAAUUUGGCUGAUGCACAUAUCUAUGUGAACCAUGUCGAUGCUAUUACCACUCAAAUAUCUCGAGUACCACAUCCCUUCCCCCGUUUGAGGUUGAACCCUGAUAUCAAGAAUAUCGAGGAUUUCAAGAUCGAGGAUAUCGUCGUGGAGGAUUACAGAGCUAAUAUCGUUUCUUGUAGAUUGAUCUUUUUUUUACCAUGUCGUGUGUCGUCUGAUGUGCGUGGGUAUCCGGUUGAAUGUGCCGCAUCUCAGUUCCAGUUUAGUAUUAUUUAUCGCAAUAUGGCCAAAUUGACCCGUAUAGUAAAGAAGAUUCUCUUAAAAGAUGUUCCCGAGAGCGAUAUUCGUAAGCACGAGUCUCCAGCUCAACCUUCUAUCGAAUCUUUUGCAACCCGUGGUUUGGCACAACCUACUGUAGACUUUGGACAUCUUCCAAUAAUCGACGAUGAUGAGUUACGGCUACGGGCUGCCGAACGGGCACGUCUGAAGUCGUUGUCCAAGGUUAGCCGGAAGGGUAGCAGUAUCGCAAAGGAGCGUGUGACGUCAUCUAAGUUCAAGUCCAAGGUAGUAUUGCCUAAAGUAAAAGAUCGCAGGGUAACGGGUACAUUGUCAUCGACGGUGGAGUCGGAUGACAUGGACAUUAAACCGUCGCCACAAGUGAAAUCUACAGAUAAGGAUAAACCGUCUAGUAAUUCUGUGAGUACUAAGGUGAUAAAGAGUGGUGUUAAAAGUCAAUCACGUGGCAAGCGUAAAAGGGAGGCUACUAAGGAGAUGUGGCGUCGUAAAUAUGAUUUCAAGAACGAAGCUAAACGUCUUGUUGAGAUAUAUAGACAAGAGGAUCAACAUGGUGUGGCUCUUGGUAACGUUUCUGGACUUAAAGAUGAGCUGUCAUCUAUUGAAGAGUUACUGACUAAGGCACCCAAGGUGGCGCGCGCUUCUAAUAAGAAUAGUAGCAAGCGUCUAUUAGCUACGAAGCUACGUAAUAAAAUGUUGGUAAUCGUUGACGAUGAUAUCGAUACUGAGAGCAUGGUACCUGAUGUGAAGUACCUGAGGCUUUCUGACGUAUAUGCACAAUCGAUAUAUCGUAAAAGCUUGUCUCUAAACAGCUACUUGUCACUAGUGGAGUCAUUAGGCAAGGAGCGUUCUGAUUAUCGUAUACAGGAGAUGCUCAGUGACCAGUCCAAACAUGUGGGAACAAUUACGCGUGAUUCAGUUAUGAUGAUCACAUUUAGCAGCACUGCUACUGGAGGCAAACCUCGUGCUCGUAAAGUGACCUAUGGUGAAAUGGCAUCCCACUUCAAAGCGCUGGAGUCCAUGAAGGCGUGGUCACAUGAAGAUGUAUUGGUAGUGUUCAUGACCAAUCCUACAUAUGAUUUCUUCACCAGCAUAGUGCUCUACUACUGUUUCAGUCGUGGGAACGUAAGAGUGCACUUUCUUCAGCGAUACAUGUCAACAUACUGGAAGAUUUUGUGGGAGGCCAAUGAACAUGCCAAAAAUGUAUUCUCGCAGUUAGGCAAGAAUUACAAGAUUUUGAGUUUCUUGUUUCCAAGACAAUUGGAGGCACUACUCACACUUGACGAGGUAGCACAGGAAUGCAAAAUUUUCGGAUGUGUAACUCCCGUACCAGGAUCACCUAAGUUAUCGCAACUUCGGGUUACAGCCGAUAAGCCAUGUCAUCGAGAUACCCAUUUGAGGGCUUUGACACGGUCGGUCAGUCCUGAUGAUGCGGACAAAUAUGCUACACCUAGGAACAGUUCACCAAAUGAACUACCUAUUGCUGGUGAAUCUGGCAUGACACCUCAUCGUACACCUUCAAGGUUGAGUUCUUUACGUGUGGCUAGGGCUGGUUUGGUUCGAAUGUCAAAAUACAUUUGGGGCAGUACCACAGCGCCCAAACUGCAAGAUACACCCAGUUCGGCACAAGAUACCGCAAUAUCAAGUGGAGAGGGUGAGGGCCCAACUGAUGAACCUACUAUACCACCUACAUUGGAGAAUUCAUCCGUCGUACAUCGUAGUGCAAGCGUACCUCGUACUGAAAGUGUACCACGUAACGAAAGUGGCCGUACGGGUAGCCUCUAUAUCCCAAAGUUGCAUCUGAAAUUUACAGAGCUACGCAAUGUCUUAUGUGACAAGAACGUAUACUUUUUGCUGUCAGGGACACAUGCGAGUAUCGAUUUAUGUCGUUUAUUCGCACGGUUAACAGCUGGCAAAACACCUAUAAGCCGGUACGGUUGUACCGAAGUUUCACCCACGGUGAGUGUUUUAGCCUGUGGCACUGAACCUCUGCAGAUGGCCUUGGUGGACCCUGAGCUCAACCACAACGAUUUAAUGGAGCUUUACAGCAUGGGUAUUACCAACUCAUACAAUGAGCGUCCAACUCCGGGUCAGUAUAUCGGUACGUCAUAUUCUCCUGACCUUCGCCUAAGUAUAGUGAAAUCGGUGGAUAAAAUGGACCCUAAUUUCAUGGCCCCGUGCUCUUCGAAUGAACCAGGAUACUUUGUAUGUAACGUUGGAGAUGGAUCUGCGCUAAUGCUUCCACAUGAGUGUUGUGCCAACAUCUUGGAGGAUGGUACGUAUCUAGGGAUAUGUGAUGUGGGCUUUUUCAUAGAAAAAGAUAAAACAAGACACUUUUACUGGUCAUAUAAGGUUGAUACUACCCUUCCUCGUGGUUUCCCCUAUCCAUAUUUUGAGCUUAUUUGGACAAGUAGGCUGAUGCAGCAAGCUAUUUGUACACGUUAUGACCUAACGGAACCUGUUGUACGUGUUGAGACUGUCUAUCUUCCAAACGUUGAUGGAAAUCGUCGCAUAAUAUGUGCUGUUGAGCUUAUUACAUCUCUAAAAUCGGAGAUUGCGACAGACCUGAAGUCGACAUUUUUGGAUCUAUGCAGUGAGUUGGGUUCAAUAUAUAAUUUAUUUGGUUCAGAAUCUGUCGGUAUGUUUUUGGAUUGUGUAGCUCCAGAUGAAAUACGCGUCGUCUCUAUUCCUUGGGCUUAUAAGGGCUCUGUGAGCUACCCAGUGCUGAGGGUACGAAAUGACUCUAUGUCACCAGUACUCUUUGCUCUAGAUGGUUCCAAUGACCUGGCCUUGGUGAUUAGGGCAAACCGUUAUUAUCGCAAUGAUGUUGUACUGUACCAGCAUCCGGUUACUGGUGAUGAGGCAUUCGGACGGCUUCUGCAUAUCAACGCCACGGAUGACCUGAAACAGAUACACAAUAAGGUACCAUGUGGACACUGUUGGGUCGAAAACGAUAACCCAAGAUCAGAUGAGCCUGAUAGUCGUGAAUUUGGUGCAAUACCGCUGGGGCUGCUGAGAGGCUGCGUACUAGCAACUAUAUACCCAGUAGCACGUGCAAAGGUACUAGUUAGCUGA